GCAGGAUCCCUCUACAGUAUAUAACAGAGUGGCUCACAAAGCUGGCUCGAACAUGGCAAAGGGUGUUCCCAGCAAAGACAUCUCAACUUUGCUGUAAUACAAUGGCGACAAUAGAAGGUGUGACAGGGAAGCAGUUUGCCCUCGGGACAAAGGAGUACCCCGAGUGGCAGUACCAGUACGCCACGACAACUUACGGCGUUGACCAUGAUAUGCAGCCGGGCCUGAUCAUCCAGCCCGAGAGCAAACAGGACAUCAAGCUCGCAGUGCUCUUCGCCAGGGCCCAGAAGAAGGCCAUCGCCAUCCGCACAGGUGGCCACCAGUACAGCGGCGCCUCGUCCACGAGCAAGGAUAAUAUCCUGCUCGACCUUCGCACCACCUUCCAGGGGCCCGAAGACCUGGCCUACUUCGAGAAAGACGACAACAGCUACGUCCGCGCCAGCGUGAGCUGGAGCCUGGGCAGGUUCAACGCCUUCCUGGGGUCCCACAAGGCCUUCGUGCCUCACGGGCAAUGCACGGCCGUGCACGUGGGCGGACACGCCCAGACGGGCGGGUACGGGCAGCUGGGCCGCAGCUUCGGGCUGUUUGGGGACCACAUCCGGUCGCUCGAGGUGGUCGACCACGCCGGUGAGGAGAGGGAGGUAACGCGGGCGGGGGACCCGGAGCUCUUCUACGCGUGGCUGGGUGGCAGCCCGGGGAACCUGGGGGUGCUGACGCAUUUCACCGUCGAGGUUCACCGUGACGCCGACUACCCCGGCUCGCGGGGGCUCAAGGCGCUCCACCUGUACGACACCAAGAAGCUGCGGCAGCUGUUGCAGGUGCUGGCCGAGAUGAACGACGACGAGGACUUCCCGCGCAACUACGACCUGUGCAUCAGCGUGCUGAGCUCGUCGUUUGACAUCCUGGGCCUCAUGGGCGGGCUAGACAACAAGAUGGAGGAAGCGCACCCCGAGAUCUUCGGCGAGGACGGCAAUCCCGUGUGGCCGCGCAUGAUCGUUGUGUACGCGCAGUUUGUCCCCUUCACCAAGGACGACAGGCCCGACAUGGGCUUCUUCGAGCGCCUGCGCACGGGCUGCUGGUUCCAGACGGGCGUGGAGGAGAAGCCCAUGUCGGAGCUGACGGCCGACUGGAUCUUCCGAAAUACCAGGGAGUUCGACCUGCCCUACGUCAAGCGGACGUAUCUGACCACCUCGACGGAGCUGAGCACCAACGGCUGGGUCGACUGGGUGGUCGGGAGGAUGGACGAGGUCGUUCGGCCAGUCGGGAACGGCCAGUGGCUCUCGGCGCAGCUGCAGUGCUUUGGUGGCAAGCACUCGCGGUUCAGAACGAAUGCCGAUAACGGGACGUCGUUCAGCUGGCGGGACUCGACUUUUUGUUUCACCAUCGACAACUUUCACAAGCCAUCUAAGAAGGCCGCCGCCGAGGCAUGGGCGCACACAAACGAUGUGCAGGCCAUCGGGCCCAAGGGCAUCUUCAGCAAGCAGGACCGACGUGUGCUGUGGGGAUCGUAUGGAAACUUCGACCUCGAUGAGGCAUGGGGGUUCUAUUACGAUGACCGGACUCAGUACGAGAGGUUAAUGAAAGCUAGGAAGAUCGCUGAUCCUAAUGGAACCUUUACUCCAAACACUUUCUUAGUUAAGAGAGCGGCCUAAGUUUAAUAGAUUAGUUAAAAUUAUAAUUAUUAUAUAUUUUAAAGUAGUUAUAAAUAUAUAAAAGUAUUAUAUAA